GUAAUUCUCGCAUUCCUCGCAGACGAUAUUUGUCAGGAAGAACAAGCCGCUGAAAGAUCCACUGAGCUGUUUCCGCUGGCAGGGCUUCAAACUGGAAGAGUACCGCAUUGGCCAGCCCAUUGGGAAAGGAUGCAGUGCAGCUGUCUACGAAGCAGCGAUUCCUUUAACUUCCGGCUGGAGCCUGGAUCCACGGUGGGCCCGUGGCUUGGCUGUUGAGGCUGCCGAAGAAAACCCUACACAAGCAACCCAGCAAAAUACCGCUUUCCCAUUAGCAAUCAAAAUGAUGUGGAACAUUUCGGCUGGUUCUUCAAGUGAAGCGAUCCUCAGCACCAUGAGUCAGGAACUCGUUCCAGCCAGCGGAGUUGCUUUGUCUGGAGAAUAUGGAGCUGUCUCUUGCCACAGGAAACGCAUCUUUGGGAAGAAGAGAUUAGAACCUCAUCCCAACAUAAUCCAGGUGAUCCGAGCUUUUACAUCCUCUGUGCCUCUGCUGCCUGGAGCUUAUGCAGACUAUCCAGAUGUUCUCCCAUUAAGCCUGAACCCCCGGGGGAUUGGUCACAGCCGCACACUCUUCUUAGUGAUGAAAAAUUAUCCCUGCACCCUGCGCCAGUACCUGCAAGACAGGACUCCGGAUGUCCACCUUGGCACCAUGAUGAUUUUACAGCUGCUGGAAGGUGUGGACCAUCUUGUUCGACAUGGAAUAGCCCACCGGGAUUUAAAAUCAGACAACAUCCUUGUUGAGUUUGAUUCCGUUGGCUGUCCCUGGCUGGUGAUCACAGAUUUCGGUUGCUGUUUGGCUGAAGAAAAUACUGGCUUGAGACUGCCUUUUACCAGCUGGUAUGUGGAUCGGGGAGGCAAUGGCUGUCUUAUGGCACCUGAGGUGGUCACAGCACAACCUGGUCCAGGCAUGGUGAUUGACUACAGUAAAGCAGACACGUGGACAGUUGGAGCUAUUGCAUAUGAAAUCCUUGGACUGUGUAAUCCUUUCUAUGGUCCAGGGAGAUCCACCCUGGAAAGCAGAAGUUACCAAGAAAGCCAGCUGCCAGCAUUGCCAGAGGCUGUGCCCUUCGAGGUGAAGCAGGUAGUGAGGAUGCUACUUCUGCGGGAUCCCAGCAAGAGACUAUCUGCUAGAGUUGCAGCAAAUGUGCUUCACUUAAGCCUCUGGGGUGAACAAAUCCUGGCUUCAAAAAACCUGCAUCUGGACAAGAUGAUUGGCUGGCUUCUCUGCCAGUCAGCUGCCACUUUGCUGAUGGAGGGACUGGUGGACAAAAGCAGGGUAGAAACAAAGAUGAAGAUGUGCUUCCUGGCAAACCUGGAGUACGAAACCCUUUGGGAGGCAGCAUUUUUAUUGCUGUCGUGGAGAAGCAGAUCUCUGUGAAGGGUACAAUUCUGUGGGGAGCCCUGCAGUACAUAAAGGGCACUUCCUAAUAGCACUUGGUUAUCUACCUAGUAUUUCUACCUAUCUAGAUCCCUAGAAUGCUUCAGAAGGAAAAUCUGAAGGCUUGGGGCAUGUGUUAUAUAAGAGGGGGAGAAUGUAUUAGGUUAUACAUGGUUUCAGUGGAAACCCUGUUUAAUUGUUACUGUUAUAGCAAGAUACGGUGCGAUUUCAGAGAUCUUUGUCACAGUGGUCGUCUCCAAUCUCCGCUGACCUAUGGGCACAAGAGAGCGCAAGUAGUAUGCUGUGGGCAACAUCAGGCCUUACUCUCCCUGUCAGCCUGAGUUUUAGCUUUGUGAUUUCCUCUGGCCACAGGCAGCGUUAGAGGAUCCUGAGGGCAGUGCGUCUGCAAGCUAUGGGUUGUGGUCGCUGGUUUGGAAGCUGUCCGGCCAGCUUCAUUCACAUCUGAAAAUUUGCAUUUAGCACUUGAAGAAGGUUUCUUUUCAAAGGGGGUUUAUUCACCAAGGGGGCUGUACUUCAGUUACCCUUGACAGAAGAGCCUUGCAGUUGCACUUUAUAAUCAAAUUGAUUUUCCGUUUAGGCAGUGAGGAGAGUUGAACUUAUGGGACAAUAUAAAAUCUUAAUCUCAUGCUUAUUGCAGUCAUAUUCCUCUGCAGCCAUAGUUAUAAAGUGGCAACCAAGGGCUUUGUUAUUGAGCUGUUGACUUGAGGCGGUGCAUUAGAAGCCGGGCAAUUUUCUCAUGACCUGUAAAGAAAGUAGUUAUAUGUGAAAUGACAAAGAUGCAUUCAAUACAGAGUUAUCAAUGUCUGCUUUCUGAAGAGAGCUCGGUUUAUACCUUUUUCACCCCUUUAAAGGCUGCACGCCAGCUAUAAUAGCCAAAUACAGUGUCAUAAAUCAAGCUCGUCUCUGCACGUGCUGAACUGGAACAUCAAAUCCAGAUACUCUACACUUAAAAAGUUUGGAUUCCCAAUGCCAUCCAUGCCUUCCCUGAUCACAGCAAGUCAGUAACUUGUAUAUUUGAGCUAGUGAUUUGCCUUUAAGAACAGGUAGAUCUUGCUCUUUAAUUGGAGCUAAAGUGCUUGCCAGAGAUCUUUUCCUACUGCAGCAUGCAAGGCCACGAGACAGCGCACCUCGUUUGAGAAAACAGUCAAAGAUAGAACGGGGGUUAAAUAGCAAUAGCUCUUUAAGGAGUUCUGUGUGGCUACGUUCUUUAUUCUAUAGCCGGUUUUCUGUUUAAUAAUUAGUGCUAGCCUGUGGUUGUGGGGUAAAAUGCUCAUUUUUAACCGGCAACAGUUAUUUGAAUGAAAGCACUGUUAGACCUCCUAGCUGUGAGCUGUGGGUGUUCAGAAGUUGAAGUUGAAAGAGUUGUUUUUGCUUCUUUGCACAAUAAAUUAACACAUGGG